UUCUUGCGGCAGGCAGUCGUUAAGGGCAUGACAAGGAAAUCGACGCUUCUUCCGUUUCUCUCUGCCGCUGGCGAAAAAGCCUACGCUUGAUGUGAUUGGGGCAACGGACUCGGCAUCGAUAUCGCUCAUAAUACUGCUUGAGCUGCGUAUUGCCCGUUGAGGCGAUUCUGUCGCUCAGGCUGCGUUUUCUGCUGUCUUGUUUGGCGCUGAUUACCUGUGCACGCGCACACUAGGCGUCCUGGAGAAGCAUUCAACUACUCCUGUGCAGCGAUCUUCUUUGGAUCCUGUGUCACACGCUAUUUUCAUCUCUCCUCGGUCGGUGAUGUUUCCACGCAACGCGCCGCUGCUUCUCUUUGCGGCCGUUCUGCUGCAUGGGAUCCCCAUCCUUCAUGCUCGAAGGGCGGUUGGGAGACGAGGUGAUGUCGAGGUGGUGGAGGCCGUCGUCGAUGUUGGCGGGACUGUCGGCGGGACUGUAGGUAUCGGCCAGGACACGGACGAAUGGGGCGAGGGUGAUGACGACGAAGAUUGCGAGGUUGUGUCGCCGGGGGAGAGUACCGUAGAAGACGACCGAGGUCCGGGGCGGUUAUCCGAUGGCGCUUUGGACAGUGCAGUCCUGCAAGGACCGGUGUCGCUGUCUGUGAGGGAUCGGGGCUUGGUGACGACGGAAGUGUCUCCCGCUUCCAUUUUACGGGAGCACAAAGCGUGGCACUCGGAGGAGAAGAAGGUCAAUUUUGUAGGCGAAACCCUAGGGUACGUCACUCCCUGGCACGGUGAAGGGUACGACUUCGCCCGAACUUUCCGCUCCAAGCUCACGUACGUCAGCCCGGUGUGGUACCAGCUUAGGGGCGGUCGCGAAAGAGACCCUUCCCAGGGAGGAGGCAAUGACAGUCCCUCCUUUCACCUGGCUGGGGGACAUGACUUUGACGAGGCGUGGGUUUCGGAUGUGCGGAACGGGGUCGGCGAACGGGACGGAAGGGACGGUGAAGUGACAAAGAUCGUUCCUCGUGUGGUGUUAGAGCUGCGGCAAGGCUCUGCUCUUUCCCGAGCGGAUCUUCGGGAGAUGGCAGAGCUGCUUGUGGCGGAGGCUGUGCAAAGAGGGUACGACGGGUACGUGCUGGACAUCCCUCUUUCCGACGGCAUCGAGGAGUUCGUGUCUGGAAUAGAGAGGGCCGCCUCUAGGAGGGGUGAAGACCUGAUACUCAUACAGUCCGUGAGACCGGGCGUUUCUCUGUCUGCGCACCUGACCGAUCGGCUUGUUCCUCUCAUCCACCGAUUCUCGCUCAUGACCUACGACUACCGGCCGUCGGACAAUUCCCAAGGUGCAUUCCACGGGCACAGAAGGGGAGUAGGUGGCGUCCCCAACAGUCCACUUUCGUGGGUGCGAGAGUGUGUUGAGGCUUUCGCUCCUCGUGGGCGGGGGAGCGAGCUGCGCGCCAAGACACUUAUCGGCAUCCCGUUCUACGGGUACGACAAUGGUCGGGCCAUCACCUCGGGGGACGUGGUUUCUCUACUCACAGGCGGCAAAGUCCUCCCCGCUGGUCUCGAGUGGGACUCGGAGUGGAAGGAGCACAUCCUUUCUUACCGAGAGAGGCGUGCUGAGGGCAUGCAGGAGCACGUCGCGACGUUCCCUACACUGGCCUUCAUUCAGGAGCGGAUCGAUUUGGCGUCGGAGCUCGGCGUCGGCUUGGCCCUGUGGGAGCUCGGUCAAGGGAUGCCGUAUUGGUUCGAUCUCCUGUAACCUUGACAACGCGGUAGAGGUAUACUGUUGAUACCAUAACUACAAUGCUAGCAGUGAGGGAUAUAACAGAUGUGCCGUACUUGGGGCAAAAAAGCAGCCCCCCCGAUUAUUGCGUUUGCAGGUAGUCUAUGGUCGCAACUUUCGGGGUGAUGCGUUUUGCAUUACGGUCUAACGUAGCAGUGCAACUGUACACAGUGUAUUUAUCGCGGGGAAUGGUUAGGAGAGCCACCAUUCCAGCUGCCCGAUUGUGGGAGGGUCUCUCUCUCUGCGACCAUUGUCUCGCCGAACCUUUCUUGUGAGAGAGAGGGUGUUUGCCUGGUUGGUGUCAACUCGAAGACAGGAUUCUCCGGCUUGAUUGGUAGGUGCACGUAAAGGUGCUGCUGCCUGUAGAUAGAGCAUUUAUUCUAGAGGGACGGAGCUUCUCAGACGUCCAGGGUGUACAAGAGUCUUGGUCGAGUUGGCAGAAAAAAACGACGACAAACACUGCUGUAGGUUUCGCAGGGGUGUGAGGAUCGCGUACUCGCUCUUUGUGCCUGAUAUAGACUCGUCUAAUGGCAACCACAUUUGACACGCGGGCUUGUUUUGAUUCAGCUUUCCAGUCUAAGCGAUGAACUCCUCUGCCCCACCUUGCACAAUUGGUGUGUACAGAGUAACGUGCAUUGAACAUUGACGCUUCGCCCACGGGAGAACAUAUUGUUGAUUGCAAUUGUUUCGGGUUUUUCCGGCUGCGACCGCGGCAAUUUGUGCGUUCCCUCAGUAGUACGGAUCGGACGAGAGGAAAAAAUGACGGGGUUCAGAGCGGCUUUCAAUUUGAAGACAACAGCAUCAACAAAAAAGGAAGGGAACGGCAUACAUGGCUGCUUGCACUGGCAUGUGGUUGUUGCCCUGGGUGUUGAUGUCGAUGGUCGGCAGCUAUCGAGUGGAGUUGCCAAGCUCGACUUACUGUAGCACCAACAUUGCGUGCGGCCAAUGUGUGUCGGUCAGAACGAUGGAUCACGAUAUUUAGUGUCGCCUGGAGUUUUCGCAGCCACGGGGCUCGGUCAUGACGAUACGUUACAUUGGUGCCGCACGCAUUGGUCAGCAAUAUCUAGCCACGUUCAAGUAGCAUAGAGCGUUUCCGCCAAUCAAACAAGAGGUAGGUGUCGUCAGUCGAGUACACGCCAAGGUGGGCCUCAGACCCCAUCGGGUAUCAACACGCUACAGUACACCGUCGGACGGAUGAGCGGAACGGUACAACCGGACCAGGCUUUGUUCAGGCCGAGAAUGGAGGCACCAUCGUACCAACACCAUCGGAGUUUGCUGACAGACGUCAGGGUU